CCAAUAAGGUAUUUGUGUUUUUCUUCCAACACACUGAAGAAACAAGAGUUACGGAUCAUGAUCAUUGGUAUUAUCACCCUAAAAGAAAAAGAGAACAACCAAAUGCGUCAGAUAUGGAGAACGGCACGCGAUACGCAAUACGCGAUUUGAACAACACUGUGAAUGGAUCCACAUAUAGAAUACCACAGUUUAUACUUACAGUCACCAUAUCGAUACUUCCAAAGUUGAAUUUAAUUACUGGCUGUGACAAGCUCUUGUAA